AUGGAUCGUAGUUGGAUGAAACCUAAUCAUUUAGGUGCAGAAUAUGAUAAAGGAAUGGAAGCAUUUUUUCAAUAUGCUCGUGAAAAACUUCCUAAUAAUAAUAAGUUUUAUUGUCCGUGUGUUAAUUGUUUGAAUAAAGAGCCGCCACUUUUAAUAGAUGGAAUAAGAAAUCAUCUUGUUUGUGAGGGCAUUUGCCAAAGUUAUACCAAUUGGAUAUGGCACGGUGAACCGUCAAACAAUACGUCAAGUGUGUCAGAAAGAGGUAGUUGA